UGUUAGCUUUCUUGUUUUCUUACCUUCAAAGUUUUCAACUUUAUGCUUUGAUCUUUGAGCUUUGUUAUUUUUGACUUGAGUUUGUGCAUUUUAAGUGGAUAUACAUUGGUAGGUGAGAAAGUAUACGCUUUAUUUGGAUUGGUGGGUGGGGUAGUUUGUAUUUUGGGGUUCAUGGUGUGAGCUGAAAAUGCAGUCAACUAAGUUGAAUGAAGUGAAUUUCAAAUAGUAUUUGUUUUUGAUGAUUUUUCUGUAAAAGGAUUGGUGAAACUUAGCUUCAAUUUGAUUUUCCAUCUGUUUCCAGAGGGAGCUUUGAAGUAGGGUUGGGGAAUAUUGUUGUGGAGAUUUUUAGUAAAAUGGGGGGUAACUUUAAUUUCAAGAACUUUGGAAAUGAGCCACCAGGGGAUGGUGGAAGUGGUGGGAAGCAGCCCGGAAACUUUCAGUUGCCACGUCAGCCAUCUAUCUAUUCGUUGACGUUCGACGAGUUUUUAACCACAACUGGGGGGAGUGGUAAGGAUUUUGGUUCAAUGAACAUGGAUGAGUUGUUGAAGAACAUAUGGAAUGCUGAGGAGAGUCAUACUAUGGGAGGGCCUGGGAUUAAUGGGCAAGAAAUUGGUGUUCAAAGUGGAAAUUUGCAGAGGCAAGGCUCUUUAACUUUACCUAGAACGCUUAGUCACAAAACUGUUGAUGAAGUUUGGAAGGAUAUGUCAAAGGAACAUGGAAAUAGUGUUGUUGGGGUGCCACAAAAUAUGCCUCAAAGGCAACAAACUUUAGGGGAGAUAACACUUGAAGAGUUCUUAGUUAGAGCUGGAGUUGUUAGAGAAGAUGCACAGUUAGCUGCGAAAUCGAAUAAUGCUGGAGCAAUCUUUGCUGAUUUGUCCUGUGCUGGGAAUAAUAAUACAGGGCUUGCAUGUGGAUAUCAACAACCUAGUAGGAACAACACAGGUUUAAUGGCUGGUAACAAGAAUGGUGAAACUGUUAUUCAGUCUCCUAAUUUGCCACUGAAUGUGAAUGGCGUCCGAUCCACACAACAACAACAACAGCCACAUCAGCAACUGAUUUUUCCUAAGCAGCCUGCUUUGCCCUAUGGUGCUCCGAUGGCUAUACCAAAUAACGGUCAGUUGGGCAAUCCAGCACUCAACUCUAAUUUCAUUCAAGGCACUGCUGGCUUAACGGGUGGAGGAAUGAGUAUGGUAGGUGGUUUAGGAGGCGGUGGGGUUACUCUAGCUGCAACGGCAUCUCCAGGUGUUUCUUUAUCUGAUGGACUUGGGAAGAGCAACGGAGAUAAUACACCAUCUACUGUAUCUCCAGUUCCUUAUGUGUUUAAUGGUGGUUUAAGAGGCAGGAAAUAUAGUACUGUGGAGAAGGUUGUUGAAAGGAGGCAAAGGAGAAUGAUAAAAAAUAGAGAGUCAGCUGCCAGAUCAAGAGCUCGAAAGCAGGCCUAUACUAUGGAGCUAGAAGCAGAAGUUGCAAAACUAAAAGAAGAAAACGAAGAACUUCAAAAGAAACAGGAAGAAAUGUUGGAAAUGCAGAAAAAUCAGGUUAUGGAAAUGAUGAACCUUCAAAGAGGAGCUAAAAGGCGAUGCUUAAGACGGACACAGACUGGUCCAUGGUAAAAAAUAAAAGGGGGUUCAGAAGUUAGUGGUAUUAGCCAUAUUUACAAACUUAUAGUAGGUGGCUGUACAUAAAGGGAAGAUGUAUUCACUGUAGAUCAAAAGAGGAGAGUUGUAUUUUUGCUGUAGGUUUUUAUUUCUGUUAAUUUCUUGUUCUCCCUUGUUGGCAUCAUGCAUAGAGCCAGAAUGUAGAAAUACCCAGUCGAUAGCUGAUACACAUAUAAAAAUACAUAUAUUAAUGUAGCCUCUUUGUAAUGUGUUCUGUAAAAGUGAUUUGAAAACCAAUGUACUGUUUUAACAGGCUGAAUGUUGAUUAGAAGGUUAUGUUGUUUGGAUUCUUCAAAAAUAAAAUUUUUUAGCAGGAUUGAGACA